CCUUUUUUCGCCGACACAACGUAUGCACAGUGACAUACACGCACUUUAUUUUUUAAUUUUUUGUCUCUCUUAAUUACUCAAGCUUCGAAUCUCCAUCGCACUCCCUCUGAGACUCUGACCCUUUUCUUUAAUGGCAAUGCCUCUUAUUACUGAUGGUCGUCUCCUACUCCAACUACCACUACCCGCAGCCCUACCAUUUGGUUUUCUCUUCCUCUUCUUCGCCUGCGCCUCAAUGGUUCUAUUGCAUGAGCCUCGCCUCACCUGAACUCUCUCUCUCUCUCUCUCUCUCUCUCUCUCUCUCUCUCUCUCUCUCCCUGCUUCUAAACGCUAUAAUGGCUGAUCGCAACUUCGCUCACUGGCUCUCUGUACCUCGCUUGCUCACUGGGUUUGUGUUAAUUGCUUCGACCUUUGCUGUUCUGCCUCUCGUUAGUGGCACCACUGAUGCUUCAGAUGUUCAAGCACUUCAGGUUUUGUACACAUCGGUAAACAGUCCUUCUCAGCUAACUGGUUGGAAAAUUAGUGGCGGUGAUCCAUGUGGAGAAUCAUGGAAAGGGGUAACUUGUGAGGGCUCAGCUGUUGUUUCAAUAGAGGUUUCGGGGUUAGGUCUCAGUGGAACUAUGGGAUACUUGCUUUCUGACCUGUUGUCAUUGAGAAAAUUUGAUUUGAGUGACAACAAUUUUCAUGAUACACUCCCGUAUCAGCUACCUCCAAAUCUUACAAGCCUAAAUCUUGCAAGGAACAACUUCACUGGGAAUUUACCUUAUUCCAUUGCUAACAUGGUUUCUCUCGGUUAUUUGAAUGUUAGCCAUAAUUCACUAUCCCAGUCAGUUGGUGACAUUUUUGCUAAUCUUGCGGGCCUUGCAACCUUGGAUCUAUCACUUAACAACUUCUCUGGUGAUAUUCCUAAUUCCUUCACUUCAUUGACCAAUCUUUCUUCCCUCUAUGUGCAGAACAAUCAAUUGACUGGUUCUCUCAAUGUUCUUACGGGUUUGCCAUUGACUACUUUAAAUGUCGCCAACAACCAUUUCAGCGGGUGGAUACCACACGAGCUUAGUUCAAUUCAUACUUUCAUUUAUGAUGGAAAUGCUUUUAAAAAUGGUCCUGCUCCUCCACCGCCACCGUAUAACCCACCUCCCCCAGGAAGAUCCAAUAAGAAUCACAGUCAUUCUGGAUCUGGAACACAUCCAGAGCGUUCUGAUGGAAAAUCACGCAAUUCAAAAAAAGGGCUGACAGUUGGGGCUUUGGUAGGGAUAAUUCUGGGUUCUGUUGUUGUUGCUCUCAUUAUCUUACUUGCUCUUGCCUUUUGCAUUCGCAAAAAUAAAGGGGAGGACCGUGUUGCAAGAGCUUCAGGGGGAAGUCUCUCUGUUCCCACAAGUAAUGUAAACACUGAGAUGCAAGAGCAGAGGGUAAAAAGUGUGGCUACUAUAACUGAUCUCAAGCCCCCACCCGCAGAAAUAUUGGUGGUUGAUAGGUUACAUAAUAAAAAUGGAUCAAUAAAAAGGAUAAAAUCGCCUAUCACUGCUACUCCUUAUACGGUUGCUACUCUCCAAACAGCAACAAAUAGCUUUAGUCAAGAAUUUCUUGUUGGUGAAGGUUCCCUUGGUCGUGUAUACAGAGCAGAGUUCCCUAAUGGAAAGAUAAUGGCCAUUAAGAAAAUUGACAAUGCAGCACUAUCCUUACAAGAGGAAGAUAAUUUUCUUGAAGCUGUUUCAAAUAUGUCGCGUUUGAGGCAUCCAAACAUUGUUACACUGGCCGGAUAUUGUGCAGAGCAUGGACAGCGUCUUCUAGUCUAUGAGCAUAUAGGAAAUGGGAGCUUGCAUGACAUUCUUCAUUUUGCUGAAGAUGGCAGUAAUACUCUGACUUGGAAUGCCCGUGUUAGGGUAGCACUUGGCACAGCUCGAGCUUUAGAGUACUUGCACGAAGUUUGCUUACCUUCUGUUGUGCAUAGAAACUUCAAGUCAGCAAAUAUUUUACUUGAUGAAGAGCUCAAUCCCCACUUAUCUGACUGUGGUCUAGCUGCUCUGACGCCAAACACAGAGCGACAGGUUUCAACUCAGAUGGUAGGUUCAUUUGGUUAUAGUGCUCCUGAAUUUGCCUUGUCAGGAGUGUACACUGUAAAAAGUGAUGUCUACAGCUUUGGGGUGGUGAUGCUUGAGCUAUUGACUGGUCGCAAGCCACUAGACAGUUCAAGAGUGAGGUCAGAACAAUCCCUUGUGAGAUGGGCUACUCCCCAACUCCAUGAUAUAGAUGCCCUAGCAAAAAUGGUUGAUCCUGCACUAAAUGGCAUGUAUCCUGCGAAGUCUCUUUCACGUUUUGCUGACAUCAUUGCCCUCUGUGUUCAGCCGGAACCUGAAUUUCGGCCUCCCAUGUCUGAAGUUGUACAAGCACUGGUGCGCUUAGUGCAAAGAGCAAGCGUGGUCAAAAGACGUUCCAGUGACGAAUCUGGUUUUUCAUACAAGACUCCUGAUCAUGAAGCAAUUGACAUGUCAUUUUAAGUGUCCCUGCCAUCCUUUUUUCCCUUUUUGCCUGCUUUCUUCUGCUGGGAAAGAUUCUAGCAGAUUCGAACCCAACCGUAGUGAAGGAGACAAGUGCCUUUUCAACCACACCACUUGGGUGUGGUGUCAUCGCAGCCAUCUUAAACGUGCUGGUAUUUGCUGUUUCAUGUACUAGCUACCAUGUGUGGAGGUGAGGGAUGGCUGAAGCACAUAGUUUCAAGAUAUUUGCAGUUUUAUAUACAGAGGCCAGGGUUUGGAUAAAACACACAGAAGCGGAGAGGAACAUGCGAUAUGUACUAAACUUAGAUGAAAAAUAUAUGUAAUUAUGAUUCAUAGAGUUAUUUGCACAUAAUAAGAAGCCUGAAAAUCACUGUCAAACAAUGCAAUGCAAUGCAAAUAGUUGCAAAUAUUCUGAUA